AUGGCACCCAAUCCAGCCAGCAAUCUCUGCACAUCCACAGCAUGUCUUCAACUCGCCGCAGACAUGAAGCAAAGCAUGGCAUUGAACUACACCAGAAUUGAUCCAUGUGAAGACUUUGAACAGUAUGCCUGUGGCAACUGGGCUGAAUAUCACGACAUCCCUCAAGGUGCAGAAUCUAUCUACGGCAUAUCAGCUUCCCAAGAACAAACAUACAUACUCGCGAGAGAAAUCCUUGAAGACCCGUAUCCUACAGGUGAAGAUGCUGGCUAUAUCACUGUCAACUUGACCAAGGAGCAGACCAAGGCGGAUAAAAGGAAUCUUGCCAAGAUCCAAGAAGCUUAUCAGGUCUGUCAGAAUUACACUGCUCUUGAGGAAGAAGGCCUCGAUAUCCUGUCAGGAAUCGUCAAAACGAUCGUAGAGUUAUACCCUGCUGAUGCGUACAACACGACCACGGAUUCUUCUGCUUUUACAGAAACGUUAGCGACCUUCGAAAGCUUCGGGGUUGGAACUUUUCAACAGAUGUUUAUCUCACAGAAUGAGUACGACCCGGAAGAGGUUGUUCUGGGAAUAUCCCCACCUCUAUUCCAGGGAUUGCGAUUGCCGGAUACAAAAGAAGACGAGGCAGAGUUGGUGGAAAUAACCUCUGCCCUGCUCAGUGCGACGUACCCUUCUCAACUGAGCAACGUAACUGCAAUCGAACUUGCAGAAUCUCUUUAUUCACUUCAAAUGAAGCUCGUACUGGCUUGGGCAUGGAGCCUGAAAAACGAAGUUUCUGAUAUCGUUCCAGCAGGGAAUUUAAAGAAGCUGGCUCCCACCUUUGACUAUGAGGGUGUGAUUAAGCACCUUGCCCCCAAGAACUGGAAAGGGACAGUCAGCACUCGUUACCCCUCAUACUUCAAGAACAUGUCUGAAAUCAUCUCUCAAACCCCAACUGAGACAGUCCAGGCGUACUUUGUAUGGAAGAUGAUAUCUUCUGUGUCAUCUUAUAUCGAGCAUGACUUGACCAACAAAUACAACGACUUUCAAUACAAACUUGAAGGAAAGGAUCCAGAAAGCCUCAGACCUCGCUGGAAUAAAUGCGUUACACUGUUGGAUCAGGGAGUCGACUGGAUUGUCAACAUUCCCAUCGCUGAGGUAGCGGUAGGUCCUCAUGGUCUCACCUGGAUCCUCACUCGCUUUUUUGUGGACAAGAACUUCGGCCCGGAAAAAAUCAAGAUAGCCUCGGAAAUGGUCGACUAUAUCAAGGAGGCCUUCUCGGAUCGAAUCAAGACGCGUGAAUGGGCAACUGACAAUGUCAAGAAAGCUGCCCUUGAGAAGAUCGAGGCUAUGCAAAAGAUGAUUGGACUUCCUACAGACCCCAAUCCUAUGGAUCCCAUCGCUAUCGAGAAAUACUACUCCGACAUCCAAAUCAAGCCAUCUCUUGUUCUGAACGCCCUCGCAUUUGCAAAGUCCAGGAUCGCGAAGCAGUGGAAGAGCCUUGCGGAGCCAUACAGUAGAGGCCAACUCAUCAUGAGCACUCUGAAGACCAACGCAUACUACGCCCAGACGCGGAACGAGAUCGGCCUGCUCGCAGGAUACCUCCAAGCUCCCCUUUUUGACCCGGGGUACCCCGACUACAUCAACUACGGAGGUGCAGGUAGUAUCGUUGGUCAUGAGAUCACACACGGCUUCGAUAGUCAGGGGUACAUGUACGACAAGACGGGAAACAAAACGUCAUGGUGGGACAAGAAGUCGGAAGAAGCCUUUGUGAGACGAACGAAGUGCUUCGUCAAGCAGUACAGCAACUUCACUAUAAAGACAACCGAUGGUACAGCUCUCCCCGUCAACGGAAGCCUGACUCUUCCCGAAAACAUCGCCGAUGCCGGCGGUGUAGUGUCGAGUUUUGCGGCCUGGAAAAAGCAAGACAAGGAUAGAGGAAUGAGCAAAAACCUUCCAGGUUUGGAGAAGUUCUCGCACGAACAAUUGUUCUUUCUAAAAUGGGGUCAAACCUGGUGUUCGAGGAUUCAGCCUAAGUACUCUUUACAGCUGCUUACCACGGACGUACACGCUCCCAGCGCUGCCAGAGCUUUACUGCCUUUGAAGAACUCGGCUGAGUUUAACAAGGCUUUCAGUUGCCAAAAGAAGAGUCCCGUUUGCGAGCUUUGGUGA